AUGGACUCCGUCACGAACGCGUUCCUUUUCAUCCAGAGGCCUUACAAGAGUCUCUGGUUAAAUGGGAUAUACUUCCUAUUCUGGCCCCUCCUUGUAUUCAUCCUUGUGGUCUUGACUGCCGCUCUCUGGAAGGCAGUCACUCAAAACGAUGUCGCUGAUAUCCAGAAGAUAUCUCCCGGAAGUAACAUCUCCAAAACAGAUUACGAAGACGUUGUCAACGGUUUCCUGCAAGACAUUUCUUUUCAACCCCCGGACAUGAUAUUUGAUGUCGGCCUGAAAUCUCGUGUUGAGGACCGCCUGGAGUCGUAUGGUAUUUCGCGCAAUUUUAUAACGGAGAUUGAAUCGUGCAUUGCUACAGCGACCAAGAUAUCCAGCUGUUCCUAUCCAUAUACAUCUCCCGAAGUGCUCGAAGCCAUUGCCUUAUUUUGGCAUUCGGCUUUACUGACGUCCAUUAGCUCGGAAUGCGAAGGGUGCUCACUAUGA